AUGCAAGUGGCAGCCUUGAGGGACAAUGAAGUAACUGCAGACUAUCAUCGUGGCUUCACAAGCUGGGUGGGUCUUCGAGCUGAAGACAUGCAGGAGCCUUUGCUUUUCUACGAGUGGACGCUGUGGUUGGGUGGCCAGCUCUCUGUCAUGAAUUGGCGCUUUACAGCCCGGCGAAAGGGCCUUUCACUGGCGGAUGAUUCCGAGAAGGAGUCGUUUGAGCGUAUGUCACCUCGAUCACAACAGAGGUGGGCAGUGGAGAAGCUAGUGGAUGCCUACGAGAAUGCAGGGCGACCUGUAGAGGAGCUCAAAGUCAAGGCUCCAUCAUGUGAUGCCGACGUCAUCCUCUCUGAGGUCAUGCACUCGGUGCCAAGAUUAAAGGGCGUGAAAUGGCGGUGA